CUCGGCGGCCUCCCCCGCGGGGGCCGGGCGGGGGCGGCCCGCCCCGGGGCCGGCUCAGCGCAGCCGCCGGCUCCGCCCCGCGGGGCCCGGAGCAGAGCCAGGGACACAUCGACGGAGGAGGGAGCGGUCCGCCAAGCCGAGCCCGACCAGCAGGUCCCGUAAGUGAAAGAAGAUGGGGUCUGGCUGCCUAAAAGUCACUAAGUACUUCCUCUUCCUCUUCAAUCUCCUGUUCCUUAUCCUGGGUGCUGUGAUCUUAGGUUUUGGAAUAUGGAUUCUGGCCGACAAAACCAGUUUCAUUGCGGUUCUACAGAUGUCAUCUCCCUCCCUGAAGACUGGUGCAUACAUCCUUAUUGGUGUUGGGGCUCUCACUAUGCUGAUGGGAUUCCUGGGCUGUCUUGGAGCAGUCAAUGAAAUCCGAUGUCUCUUGGGUCUGUACUUCGCCUGCCUGAUGAUAAUCCUUAUAACUCAGGUUGCUGCUGGACUGGUCAUCUACUUCCAGAAAGAAAGUCUGAAAGAAGAGUUGUCCAACAUAGUUGGAAGUCUGAUUGAAAAUUAUGAUCCUUUGAAUGAUGAUAAGAGGAACUUACAAGAUACCUGGGACUACGUGCAAAGACAGGUUGCCUGCUGUGGCUGGACUGGAGCAAAGGACUGGGAAAAAAAUGAGAUACUUAUCAACAAAAGCAUGACCGAAUAUCCCUGCUCCUGCUCCAAUAGUUCCAAGGAUCUUGAGGUAGAUAGCGGUUUCUGUAAUCUGGAUGACCCUGUCAACAGCACUGCAACAUACGCUGACUGGCCCGUUCAUGAGCAGGGAUGCAUGGAUGGUGUAGAGAAUUGGUUGAAGGACAAUCUUGGUGUCAUUCUUGGGGUCUGCACUGGUGUUGCUGUUAUAGAGCUGCUGGGGAUGAUACUGUCCAUUUCGCUCUGCAAGAACAUACACAGCGAAGACUACACCAAAGUGCCUAAGUCUUGAGUUGGCUAACUCCAGAGCUAUGGCACCACAGAGAAAGAAGCAAACAGAACAUUCCUGCCUCAUACCCAGACUGUCCAACCAUUGACCAUUGUUCCUGUGACGUCCCAUUUCUGAUACCACUCUGCUAAGAACUGUUAGAGCUGCAAUACAGCCUGAUCUUCUGGCAAUAGGGCCCUUGAGCCACCUGCACCCUGCCUCUGGAUUAUUUCUACUUCAAGAAGCAGAACUUAACUGUCUUGUAUCUCAUGAGAGACUGAUUAACCUGCGGGGACAAUGCUUUUACUGCCUGCUCCAUGUUAAACAAUACUAUUUGUAUCUAUGUUCUUCAACCCACCAGGCCUAAUAUACAAUAACUCCUCUCCUCCCUCGUUCUCUUCUUCCACACAUCUUUCCACCUACCCCCAGAAGUCCCAUCUCUUUGUCCCAUGAGCCAGGAUUGCUGUUGAGAUUCCAGUGCUUUGGUAGCUUUGCCUACUUCACUGACUUGUGGUGGUAACUAGUCGUGCUUUAUAUAUAGGCCUUCUCCUCCCUUGCAGUUAACCUGAUUCAUCUCCUGCUAUGCAUCAUCCAGCCUAGGCUGUCAUCUGAAAUAUCGAGCGCUACCCUUGUACUCUCUUCUGCUCCUGGAGUCAGCUGUGUCUUGCCUUCAGCAGAGCUCUUCCCUUUGGGCAUGAUGAAAAGCCACCAGGAGGGAGUCAAACCUACCUGUAGUGGGGCCUGGCAGAUUGUGGUGGUGGUGCUCAGCUGCGUCUGGAAUGGGUCCCUUGGGUUCUGGAUUUGACACUUACGUGUUUCUCCCACUUGCCUCUUUACCUUUUCUUCUCCCCCUAGCACUGCUUCGCUGGGUCCUGUCAGCUUGGAGGCACUUCAGAGACUGCUGCAUAGUGUGGACUCAGCCCCAGGCUGGCUCUGCUGGUUGCGUUCUUGGGUUGCCAACUUUUUUAGAGGUUACAAUUAACUCGAUUCUUCCCCUGCCCCCUUUAUGAACAUAAAAUUUGUUAGCUGUGUUUUUUCAUUAUGAAUAUGGAGGGAUCUGACAGGAUUGCUGAUGCUGUAUAUUGGAGAUAUACAGCCUGGUUUAGGUUGCAAAGAUAUGUUGCUUUUAUUUCAGUUGUCCAGUCUUCUGACUCCACCACACUCUGGAGCCAUGGCUGCAUCCUGAGCUCUGUCUCCAGUGAAAGCACUGCAGCAGAUAAGUAGCUAGUUCUGCAGUUGUGCAGGCUGGUUGGUUUCUGUACUUAAUGACUGGGCUGUUUGCUCUCUUCAGCCCGUGGCCAGCAGCAAGGAGUGGUGUAGAGCAGAAGAAAGUAGGAAAUGUAUGUGAAAAACUAACCCAACUCCUUAGACAAGGGAGCUGGGUGCAAGUCCUCAGUUUAAGAGGUGGCUUAGGCACAACAAAUUUCCAGCAGUUGCACAUGUGUGCAAUCACCCUGGCAGCAGGAAGCUGUUUGGGAGAGAAGUGGGUGGUCCUUGCCUGAGACCUGGUACAAGGUACUUGGUGAGAGAGCCUUUGCCUUACAGAGGUGGUCCCAGGACUGUCUCUUGUCAGGGAUGGCGUUGGUAGGAAUAACCCUAGUAGCAGUUCAAAGGGAUGGCUUCACUACCUACUUAAGUCUUCCUUCUGGGAAGAAAGGCUCGUGCAGGGGAUCAGAGUCCCAGCAGUGGGUCCCUGUUCUGUCCUUAUCUCUGGACAUGGCAGUGACUGGGGAGAGUAGAUAUGACUGGGUAGCUGGUUUUUAUGGAGGUCUGGUAAGGCUUGGCUAUUUUGAGACACCUACCCCCUCCUGCACAGAUCCUUCAAGCUGACCUUUGCUAGAGCAGAAGGCACCCUUCUUAGCAGUAAAGCUUGCUAGCUUUUGUAGCACAAAAUCUAUUCUCUAAUGUGUUCUUAUUUGUAAGAUUCUUGUUCGGUUACAGAUGCCAAAGCUGAGCAGCAAGUAAAAAGGAGCCCAUGCUGGGUUUCUCUUUUGUUUUUUGUCUGUUUUUAGCAACAUCUUCCUACUGGAAGAAAUGCAUGUACAGAUAUAAAAGUCUAGAGGGUGAAUAUUUCUGUAAUAAAGACUUUGCUAAAAAAAAAAUAUAUAUCUCUGCCUAUGACUUGUGCAUUGCAGUGGUUUCUCCUUGCUUCCUCUCUACCCCCUUCUGCUUACAUGCAGAUCAUAGACACCUUGUUUGUUCAAGGUAGCAAAGGGCCUGUCAAAAGCUGUUCUGAGGCCCAUGUGUGAGAUCAAUGUGGUCUGUGAAGGUACUGCCCAGCAGAGGGAGGCGACAGUUUUCCUAGGCUAUAUUCUAGGGUAAACUUUGCCUUGUUUUAUGAAUUAUGUCUGUCUUACGGUGAGCUGAGUGAGUAGUAGUUCCUUUGAAUUAUUUCCUAUCUCGUAAGCUAACCGAUCUCUGUAUUCAAAGAGGUUGCUUCAAAUCUGUACAGUCUGCACUGUGUGAAGUCAUAAGCUUGCUGCUAUGCCCACAGUGCAUGCAGCUUUUGCUAGCUUAGCUUUAUCAUUUUUUUCUCUUCCUACUCCCCUUCUGUAGGCUCCUGCCUCCAGGCUGCAAUUUUAAAAAAGGAUUUCUGAGCCCCUGCCCUAACGCUGUGAGAAGGAAGAAAACGGAGGUAGCCGUUUUUGUAGGUUACGCCACCACACACUGGGCUUGGCUGUUUGAAAAGUUCUUCAGAAGUAGAUAGAGCAGCUGUAGGAAUCUUCAUCCUUCCCUUAGCUAAGCAGUGGAUAUGAGCUGGAUCUCAAAAUUCCUUCAGAUCCUGCUCCGUGGUGGUGUUUCUGACCAUUUGAAAUGUCCUUAGAAGGACCUAUGUUAGUGCGCUAAUGGAGUCUGGAGCUGUUGCUUUAGGAAGUAAUAAGCAUGACCAAAGUACUCAUAUGUGUUUGAAGAAACAGUGUGAAGUUGGCAGAGAAGAAGGUGCUGGGGUGCUACCAGCAAACAGUGGUGGCAACUGGUCUAAAGUCAAAACUUCAGUUACCCUGACCAGCCAAGUGCGGAGCAAGAGAUGCUUAAAUGGAUCCUGAACUCAAGGUAGGGUGCAGUGAUCUGUCUGAUCUGUGAGUACAACUUGGUCCUUUAGGCUCUCCUGUGCUGUGGGCUUGAGGAGAGCUUGGUUCUUGGUCAUAUGGGAUCUCCCCUCUUUCUGGUUGGUUUCCCAGAGCACCCUGCUUUAACUGGGAGGCAAUGUUUUACCAGGGCCUCACGAUUUAAAGGGCUACGCUUCAUGGCAAAGCUGCCAAACCUGACCAGGUGGCUGCUAGGUGGGGAAGGUUGCUGCCGGUUCUCCUGCAGCCUGAUGUGGAGCUGGAAGGAGAAAGGAGGGACUAUGAGGACUACUGCCUGUCCCCAACUGUCCGAACUCUGUGGUAAUCACUUGCCUUUGGCCACUGGAGGGAGGUGUUCCACCAAGAAAACUCAGCCCGGGUGCUGCGGUAUCAGCAGCAUCCCCUGGUCCCUAGGGGACCAGAUGAUGACACUGAUCACUUCCUUCUGCUCCUAGUUACUUCUGGCAGCAGGGUAGCUAAAAUAACUUGUAAUUACAAAUGUAUUCUCCUCAUAAAUGAUUUGUGCUGCAUGCCUGGCAUUUUUAGGGAUAAUUUUCCCUUCCAUUUCUUGGAGCAGUGCACAGUUGGAUAUUUUGUUGCAUGUCUUCCACUGCUGUAUAUGGGUUGUGCUUGCGUCUUGGGUUUCUGCCAUAAGUAGCUCUGGAAGUUGAAGAUACAUGAGGGGCUUCUCCUGCUGCUUCUUUCCUUGUCACCAUCUUUUUCCUGUUUUCCUCCAUCCUCAGUUCCUUUGUGUGUUAGGUCUUGGGGGGAGGAGGAGGAAUUUGAUGCUUGUAAACCUGAUCUAAAAAAGGAUUUCAGGAAGAAAGUCUUCAGACCUUCAGAGAGCAAGAAACCUGCUGCUGCUCCUUGGGCCAGGCUCUCAGCUCAUCUCCAGAGGUAAAGGUUUGCUGCUGAAACUAGAAAUCAGAAUAGCACUUGGACUUCUUGAGAGUUGCAAUGUUUGUCUAGCAAAACCUACGGGGCCAGCCUCUGCAGUAGCUCAGCACAUGGAAGCAUUUUGUGUGUAACCAAUAAGUUGCUAUAUGGCUGUCCCAGGCCAAUAAUUAAUAUUGCAGGAGUAUAGUCGUGACCUCCUCGUGGCCUUAAGCAAGGCCCCUAGUAAUGAACUGGUGACAUUCCUCGGUCUGUGUGAUCAUGAGGAACUCAGAAGCUGUUAUAAUUCUUCCCAUGAGGUGUUUUUUCCUUCUGGAAAGGGAAGAGGAAUUGCAUUAGUUAGAGUGGGUAUGAGUAAGCCUAUAGGUCACAAUGCAUCUUUUUUUCUGUAAUGGUUUCUGCAUGGCACAUACCUAAAUGUAACAUGUGGCAGCUGUUCUUUUCUCUGUAACUCUCCCACCUGUGGUGGUGUGGCUGGUCCCUGCAGGCUUUGCUCAGGAAUCGAGGCUGAAUUUGGUGGACUUCAGAACAGGUCUGAUUUCUGGCUGCUGAAGGACGGACAGCACGUGGUGGUGUCACACUCUGUGACUUGGUUGGGGAAGGUAAGGAACAGCAGCCACAGGGGCUCACUGCUGAAAAGCCUGAGCACCCUGGGAUUCCCACAAAUGUAUUUUCACAGCCAGUUGCUGCCACUCAAUGCCAUAAAUGGAGAACAUACCCUCAAUUAUUCAUGGUCUGGCUCUAACCCAUUAGCCUCUGAGAUUCUUGGCUCAAGCCGUGGCCUUUUAUUACAAAGAAUAAACCUCAGUUAUCAGCCAAGAUUUCUGAUUGACAUCUUAAGCCAGGUUGACACUAAAAACUUGUCAAUGUAAAAUCUACUAAUGUGGAAGUCUUCAAAUACUUGUAAGCUGGCAAAAGGUCCCUAGCAAAAACUAAGCUAUUAGUGAACCACAGCUAUUAGUAAAAUGUUGCUAGUAAAGCUGCUAAGCGUGCUUUGGCCAUUACAAACAGUUUCUAGCAGGGGUGUGCUGGUUAGAGAGCGUGCAAUUUCUUGCCUUGUGGCAAGAAUCUCUGCUGCCAAACAUGGGAAAUAACCUUCUCCUAAGUAGACUGCAUAACCCUAGCCGUACAUUCUUACUUCUCAUAGGUAUGAAUUUUCUGGUUUCUCCCUUCUAAGCUCCUAAUAAUACAAUUGGCUGGGGGGUGUCUGUGCUGUUUGGUUUUUGUGGGGAAGGAUUAGGGGAAUAUUGGAUGCUCUGUAUCUGGAGAAAAGGUAUUCUUGGUUCUCCAGGCAAAAAUAUUACCCCCAUUUAAAACAGGGGUUUAAGAGAAGGAUCAGGCUCCCAGUAGUAUGUGGAUGCUCCAAGAGGCAUGGAAUCUGAGAGGGAAAAUCCUGCUUUAGCCCUUGAGGAUGGUAUUUGCACACACUUGAAUAAAAUUUCUCUCUGGUGUCUU